AUGUCGUUUUACAAUGCAGGAAUAGCUGACUCACAGUCAGCUUUCUUCCAACCCUCUUCUCAAUUUCAAGUACCUCAGGGUUCGAUGUCGUUUACUCAACAACCAGCUACCGGACAGGCCUUUUCUCAAGAUCCGCUUCCUACCGGUCUACUGAACGCGCUGUCCACCAAAGGCUAUCCACAUGAAUUACCGCUACUACAGGAAAUAGGCAUCAAUUUUGGCCAUAUUGUGACCAAGACUAAAUCGGUGUUGCAGCCUUUUCAAAGAGCUGAUUCGCUACCUCUCGAGGCGAUAACCGAUUGCGAUCUUGCAGGCCCUGUUAUAUUCUGCUUGUUAUUUGGCACUUUGUUACUCGCAGCGGGCAAAGUUCAUUUCGGGUAUAUUUACGGAGUGGCUCUGUUUGGUACCAUCUCGUUACACACGCUGCUGCGACUAAUGGGUGACAGUGCGGCUACUAACAGUAAUGAAGAGACCAAGCGCCAAUCAGAACAGCUCUUUCUCAGAACUGCGUCAAUUUUGGGCUAUAGCUUUUUGCCUCUUUGCCUUCUCUCGUUUAUCGGCGUUUUUGUCCCACUAAACAACGUCCUGGGCUACGCGUUGGCUCUGACUUCUGUGUGCUGGUGCACAUGGUCUUCUUCAGGCUUCUUCACAGCUGCAUUGCAUUUACACAACACGAGGGUUCUCAUUGCAUACCCUCUUUCUAUAUUUUAUAGUGUCUUUGCCCUGAUGGCCAUAUUUGCGUAG